AGUUUCAGUUAUAGUAUCUACCAAUGUGGGUAGAGUGAUUGUAUAUGUAUAAUGUUAUUUAUCCGAAUUUUGAGACAUUUGGCUGUAGUUUCAUUUGUCUACUUUCUAUUUCUUGCCUAUGUAACUUACAAGCCAUAUUCGGUACCAGUAAAUGAAUGGAAAGAAGCAAAACCACCGUAUCCAUCAAACACAGAUGACAACAUAUUCUGGUUUGUUCAGGUUUCAGACAUCCAUAUUAGCAAGUUUAUUGACCCCAAGCGUGUACCUGAUUUUACUUCCUUUUGCUCCCAAACCCUUGAUGUCAUCCAACCUAAGCUUGUACUUGUAACUGGUGACCUCACCGAUGCAAAAAUGAGAAAUAGAGUCGGAUCCACCCAGUACAAAGUUGAAUGGGAAACUUAUAAUAAAAUCCUAAGAGACACAGAUGUUACAAACCGCUUUUUGUGGCUUGAUGUUAGAGGAAAUCACGAUACAUUUGAUGUCCAGUCAAAAGAUUCUUUAAAUAAUUACUACAAAAAGUAUUCUGGGGACAAAGGAAAACUGACAACAAAACCAUAUGACCUGAUAUUGCCUUUUGGAAAUUAUUCCUUUAUACCGGUGGAUGCCACAAUGACCCCUGGACCAAAACGACCAUUUAAUUUUAUUGGACACCUAGAUAGAGCUAGACUUCAACAACUACAGUUAGAAGGAGAGAGCAGAAAAUCGAGCAACUUAACUGUAUGGUACAGUCACUACCCUAUUAGCUCUAUCAAUUCAGCUUCACCACCGUCCUUGGAAAACAUAGUUGGGCAGACAGGGGAUCUUUAUUUAUCGGGACAUUUCCAUGAUUUUAGGGGAUUGGCACCACAUCAAUAUGCAAUGCAUUCUCAAGGGUUUCUUGAACUAGAGGUAGCAGACUGGAUGAACAACCGGCGUUUCCGUAUUGUUUCAGUCGACCACGAUAUCACUUCAUUUACUGAUGCAACACACGGACAAUGGCCUAUUGUUGUCAUUACUAACCCUAAACAAUCUACAUUUAUGAUACCUAAACAUGAACCAAUUGGAAGAAUUGCUAAAUCAAGUCAUAUAAGGUUCCUUAUAUUUGAUCACUCUGAUAUCACUCAUGUCAGCUUAUCAAUUGAUGGGAAACUAUUGGAUGAAAAACCCCAGAAUAUUAAAGGCCCACUGUGGGCAUGCAGAUGGUAUCCUGACCAAUACGAAUCAGGCAACCACAUAUUAAGGAUUCAUGUACAAGACAAGCUAGGAAAUACUAAAGAUGUUUCAUCCCAAUUCACUAUGGAUACCUCAUGGUCCAACAUACAUGAUGUAGCUUCAAUUCUUGUUCUUUUAACAAACUUUUCCUCGUUGUGCCAAGUUGCAUUCGUUCUUGCUGCUGUCUUUGUUCUUUCUGUAUUGAUUGUUAUAAAACAAUAUGGUGCACCUCUACCUCUUCCUAGUGGCAGUUCAUGGCCAUUCAAGCUGCGUGUUUUGCUCUCCGAUAAUUUUACAUUCGCUGUUUUGUUUCUAUUUAUCCUCAACUUAUUAAUAGGUCCAAUGUUCAUUGGGAAUCUUUUAACUGAUAAAGUAGGAGUUGCAUUCGUGUAUGGUUUGUUGAUAGAUGGUCAUAUAUAUUCUGAACACAUGCUGUAUCUUUAUGGGUUUAUUACAAUUGUUCUUUUCUUCACCCCUGUUGUUGCUUACUUGUGCCACUGUGCUGACCUCAAAUUGAAUAGAAAUUGUACUUUCAUAGAGACACUAUAUUCAUGUAAUCGCACCACUCUUGCCAAUAUAUUAUUCCUGCUCCAUACAAUGUUACAAGUACUAUGGUGUAGAGACUUAUAUAAUGCAUAUGGCCAAACAGCACUACUUUUAAGCCCUGCUAGAUUAUGGUGGUGUGUAGCUUCAGUAGGACUUGCAGUAAGGAUAUGGUGCUCAAAAUCAAAAAUACCCAAGCGACAAACUUAAAAACGACUAUCUAGCAUUUCUGUUUUAAUUAUCCAUAACUGUAAUGCAUUUUUAUCCAUAACUGUAAUGCUUUUUGUGCAAUUUUAGCAAAAUUUUCUCUGGUACCAGAAGAGUAACACAAAAGUCAGAUAUCAUAUAAUAUUUAAACAGAUGUGCUUUUUUAGGGUUUAAUUUUAUGUACUUCACAUUGGUGGUUUUUACAUUUCAACUUUAUGAAAGUAAUGUUGAAACUUAUUAAAAAGAUUUUUUAAUGUU